AUGUCCUACGCCUCGUCCUCGAGCCAGGGCGGCAGGUCGCGCGCCGAGAGCUACGCAAACCACAGCGACCGACCAUCCCACCGCCCCACAAACUCCGAGUCCUACUCGUCCGACCAGCAGCACUCGCAGCACUCGUCGCCCUUCCGCUCCAACCUCGACGACAGCGCCUACGAGUACAUGGCCAUCCACCUCCUCGAAAUGGCACAGAACCGCGGCUGGAUCAAGAACUCGUCGCCCAGCGACAUCGGCGGCAUCUCGCUCCGGCGAUCCGCCCAGGAGUACAUCACCCUGCCCCUCGGCGUCGAGCAGCUGCACCACCUCCACAGCGCCUCGGCCAAGCUCAAGUACGAAGUGGCCCUCGUCGUCAACAGCGCUCUAGUCCGCGGCCUCACGUCGCGCCUGGCGCCCGGCACCACCGAGGUGCCCUUUAGCGCGUCGGAGCGCAUCCAGGUCAUCGAGACGAUGCAGGACCUCGAAAAGGCCCGGCGCGCCCACAAGGCCGCCUUUGUCCGCCAGCAGCAGGUCCUCGUCUGCUGGACCGACGACGUCGACGCCAUCGAGGGCGAGGUCGAGGCUCUCCUCUCGUCGACCCUCGGCUUCAUCAUGAUGUGCACCGCCGACGCAAAGUCCGGCCCGCCCAAGGACCACUACUUCCGCGCCUGGUCGACGCACCAGUCGCGCAUGCUCCACGAGCAGCGCCAGCACCACUUCCAGCAGCAGGCCCUCGAGCACCCGCAGCAGCAGCAGCAGCCCGGCGGCUCGCCCGGCUCUCCCGGCUCUCCCGGCCUGUCGACGCUGCCGUCGUCCGGCUCCCUGUCGGGCACCAUGACGGCCUCGUCGUCGUUUGGCUCGCCCGGGUGGGAGACGUUCAAGGGCUCGCAGGGCUUCGACGACGACCAGGACUCGUUCAAGGACGAAGAGGCGGGCGACGAGGCCGAGGAGCGCCGGCCGAUCGCCUUCCUCGGCCCGCUCCGCAUGGGCUUCGCCGUCGCCAUCAACAUCCUCAUGCACUCGCUCUCGAUCAAGGUCCUCGUCUGCAACUCGCUCCUCGACCACCACUGGAUCCGCAUGGCCUACCUCGCCUUUAUCCCGGUCCUCUUCACCCUGUCGAUGUUCUUCUGCUGCCAGGUCAUGUCGAUCAUCCUGCUCAUCGUCGGUCCGAUCCAGCAGAUGAGCCGCAACUCGCGCUACUACUCGGGCAAGGCGCCCAAGCGCAUCCGCAACAACCUGCCCCACGUCACCAUCCAGAUGCCCGUGUACAAGGAGUCGAUCGAGACCGUCAUCGAGCCCACGCUCCGCUCGCUCCAGGCCGCCAUCCGCACCUACGAGCUCCAGGGCGGCACCGCCUCGGUCAUCAUCUCCGACGACGGCAUGCUCCUCCUCUCGGCCGAGGAGCAGGCCGCCCGCCAGAGCUUCUACGACCAGAACGACACCACCUGGAUCGCCCGCCCGGGCCACGGCGUCGACGGCUUCGUCCGCCGCGGCCGCUUCAAGAAGGCGUCGAACCUCAACUUUACCUGCCAGGUCGCCAUCCGCGUCGAGGACGAGAUGCGCCGCCUCAAGGCCGGCCGCGAGAGCGAAAAGGUCACGGCCCAGUCGCGCCUCGAGGACCGCCAGCAGGCCGAGCGCCUCCUGCCCGGCUUCCUCCAGCAGCUCCACCCGCUCGCCCGCGGCCACGGCGACGCCCGCAUCGGCGAGCUCAUCCUCCUCGUCGACUCCGACACGCGCGUCCCCGAAGACUGCCUGCUCGACGCCGCCUCCGAGAUGCGACAGUCGCCCGAGCUCGGCGUCCUCCAGCACUGCAGCGGCGUCAUGCUCGUCUCGAACAACUACUUUGAGCGCGGCAUCGCCUACUUUACCAAGAUGGUCAACUUCUCGAUCUCGCACGGCGUCGCGUGCGGCGACGUGGCGCCCUUUGUCGGCCACAACGCCUUCCUCCGCUGGUCGGCCAUCCGCGAGGUCGCAUUCGAGGACGACGUCGACCCGGGCGUCUCCAAGAUCUGGUCCGACGCCCACGUCUCGGAGGACUUUGACAUGGCGCUCCGACUGCUGAUGAAGAGCUACGUCGUCCGCUGGGCCACGUACUCGCAGGGCGGCUUCCUCGAGGGCGUCUCGCUCACCGCCGAGGACGAGCUGAACCGGUGGCAAAAGUACGCCUUUGGCUGCUCGGAGCUCAUGCUCAACCGCCUCUGGCAGUGGCCGACGCGCGGCCCGCUCGCCCCGCUCUUCCGCCGCUUCCUCUGGUCCAAGCUGCCGAUCCACUACAAGUUCUCGGCCUGCGCCUACCUCUUCUCGUACUACGCCAUCGCCCUCUGCGUCCCGCUCUCGAUCGCCCUCUACCUCGUCAUGGGCUGGUUCGGCCCCACGCUCGACGUGCCGCUGGUGCCCAGCUUCGAGGUGCUGGUCGCCGUCCUGGUCGUCUUUACCGCCGGAGGCAACGUCUCGCUCGUCAUCGGCCUCAUCCGCUCGCGCACCGGCUCCGUCGUGACGGCCCUCGUCGACGGCGUCAAGUGGGUGCCCUUCUUCCUCGUCUUCUUUGGCGGACUCAGCUACCACGUCCUCGUCGCCCUCGUCGCCCACCCGCUCGGCAUCAACAUGACCUGGGGCGCCACGCUCAAGGACCUCGACGACAGCAACUUUUUCCGCGAGCUGCCCGCCAUGUUCAAGCGCUUCUGGGUCGUCUUUCUCGUAUCCAUCGCCGUCAUCGGCGGCGCCGCCGCAAUGGCCCUCGCCCCCCUCCCGCUCGAGUGGGUCAUUGUCGAACCCACCAUCAUGGUCCCCCUCAUCUUCAACAUGUGCUUCCACAUCCUCUACCCGCUCGUCCUCAACCCUUCGCUCCUUCGCUUCUCGUUCUAG